GCCACCCGGCUCACGUCCAGAAGGUGGCGCGUGCGCUGACGCAGAUGGCGAGCCGUGGCGAGGACGUGAGCGCGUCCGAGCUGCGCGCCGUCGUGCAGCCUUUGGUGCGCAGCUGCCCGCUGCUGGGCGCGCAGCUGCAGUCGCUGCUGGACUCUGAGCCGCCGCCGGCCGAGCCGGCGCCGCGGCCGACCGACUUCCAGACGGCCGCGCUCGACGUCGAGCCUGAGGACGAGUUCGAGGAGGUUUCGGAGCUGACCAGCGACGAGCCGGACCCGUACGGCACCGACCAGUGCCCGUGCGGCUGCCACGAGCACGCCGAGGACGCGCGUUUCCGACUGCGGCGCCGCCACUGCGAGCGCUGCGGCCUGCGCUUCAUGGGCGGCCGAGUGUACCUGCAGACGGGCAAGCCGCCGGAACCGCGGGGGGCGACCGAGGCCGCCACCGCCACUGCCUGGAGCUGCGACGACGACCUGGAGAUCUUGACCAACUGCCAGCGUAGCGGUGACGGCGAGAAGACGUUCCGCGCUAUUCAGCGUCGCCUGCCGACGCGCACCGUCGACCAGCUGCGCGCCCGCUUCCGGGAGCUGAUGCGGAUGCUGCGCGAGCAGAUGCAGCAGACCACUUGA